CACACACACACUCUACGUGGACGCGGAGCCCCCCACCCACGCCUUCGCCCCCUGCGGCCACGUCUGCUCGGAGAAGACGACGGCGUACUGGAGUCAGAUCCCGCUGCCGCACGGCACGCACACCUUCCACGCCACCUGCCCGUUCUGCAUCCAGCCGCUGAGCGCAGAGUCCGGCUGCAUCAGACUCAUCUUCCAAAGCCCGCUGGACUAGAAACCACUCAGACUUCUCAUCUCGAGCCUCCAAACACAGAACUUUGAGUUUCAUAACUUAAUUUUUUAUAACUUAAUUUAACUUAAUGAGUCGAUUCCUGCCUCUGUUUGAACGUCAGAUUCCGGCCGCGCUGUCCUCCUCCUCCCUGGACGCAGCUGCCUGAUGUUUGCCUUAAACUUUGUAUUUAUUCCUUCACCUCGUCAGUAAUGUUUGUUGUGAAUCAGUGCAGAAUAUAACGGCUGUAUUGUUUCCCACACUCUCCCAACAGCUGAUUUCUGUCUCACUCUGCCUUAAAGAGCCAUGAACAUUUACACCUGGUAUUAAAAUGAACGACAAAUUCUUAAUUAUUUGUUCCCUCUUUUUAAAUUCUCGAGCAAUAAUAUGUUUUUUCCACAGAAAUGAAUGUACAAUAUUAUAUUAUAUGAUUUUCUCACAAUUUGUAUUAACAAAAUCAGACUGGAGACUAAUUCUGAAAUCUUUUUUCAGUCAUAAUUUAUUUAUUAUUUGUAAUUAUUAACAUAUUUAUAUUUUAGAAACCUGUAUUUUAUGUUAACAAAUAUCUGUAUCUGUACUAUGGAAGCC